GUUCUUGUCAUCCUACAGAUACAGCAGAUAUUCUCAGCUCUGGCUUCACCCUUUGAGAAAAGUACUAUGGGAUUCUAUAGGCAGUGCCUCAUUGGACUUUUUGCCUUGCUACUCACUGCUCAUUGUGAGCCAGAUCCCAGCUUAGACAACCACUGGCGACUGUGGGUUCAAACACACAAAAAAAUCUAUAAAAAUGAGGGAGAGGAACUUGCAAGACGUUUAAUCUGGGAGGACACCUUGAAAUUUAUCAUGCUUCACAACCUAGAAUAUUCCAUGGGACUUCACACUUAUGAAGUUGGAAUGAACCAUCUUGGUGAUAUGGUUGCGGAGGAGAUGACCGACAAACAGAUGAAUUUCAUACCUCAAGUAAUUGCCAAUAUUACAGAUGUUCCAGUAGAAAUAUCAAAGUCUUCUCCCCCAGAAUCAAUAGACUGGAGGAACAAAAACUGUGUGACUAGUGUAAAGGACCAGGGAUCAUGUAUUGCUAGCUGGGCAUUCAGCAGCAUAGGAGCUCUGGAGUGUCAAAAUAUGAAAAGAAGAACAGGAAAACUGGAGUCACUCAGUGUACAGAACCUGCUGGACUGUUCCCAGACCUAUGGAAAUAAUGGUUGUAAAGGCGGAUGGGUGGUUUCCUCCUUCAGAUACAUCAUUGACAAUGGGAUUGAGUUGGAGUCGAAUUACCCAUACCAAGGAAAGGAUGGUAAAUGUUCCUACACCCCAGUCAAAAAAGCUUCUGUCUGCACCUCCUACAGACAGUUGCCAUAUGGUGACGAAGCAACACUUAAGCAAGUUGUUGGACUAAUGGGACCAGUAUCUGUUGCCAUAGACGCCAGCAGAAAGACUUUCCGAAUGUAUAAAAAUGGUGUUUAUUAUGACCCAAACUGCAGCAGCUCCACACCUGACCAUUCAGUGCUUGUAGUUGGAUAUGGUGCAGAAGAUGGUGUGGAGUACUGGCUGGUAAAGAACAGCUGGGGAACUUCCUUUGGUGAUGAAGGCUACAUUAAAAUGGCAAGAAACCACCACAACAAUUGCGGCAUUGCAAACUUCGGCUGCUUCCCAGUUGUUUAAAUACACCCCUUUAUGACAGGAUACUUUUAUUUUUGUGUGCGACUGAACCAUUUUACUGAAAUCGGGUGAGAAACAAUUUUAGGCAAGAUCAAAACAUCAGUAUCAAAUGCACGGCAUCUGUGAGCCCUUUACUAGCAGGACAGAGCUGGGGUUGGCUACUGGGCUUCUGCCACCACUAUGCCUCGUGUUAAGUGUACACACAUGACUCCCCCAAAGAUGAAACACAUAUGUAGAUGACUAAGGUAGUAUUAAUAAUGGAGAAAUACUGUAGGUACUGGGCACUGCUUUGACACUGAGGGGCAAUCUUGUUGUGUGAUCAACUGGCAUAAAAUAAAAUGUACCCUGAAUGCAGA